AUGUCUCCAAAAUGCCCAGACAGACUGCUACCAGAGAUUCAAUGGAAGCAUCUGAAACACUAUGUUGAUUAUGGGAAGAAGCUCAAUCUUAAUCAGAUUGGAGCAACUGUCCCAGCUACAGUUCCUGGAACUUCUCCAGCGACAAGCAUUAUCACUGGUGGAACAUCAAGUGUUAUGGGAAGCGUUAACACACCUUUGCGACUUACUGGUACUACAGGUAAUCAGAUGAUGCAAGUACCUUCGGGAAUGCAACUGAUGCAGAUACCAACUCAAGGUGGCGGCACUGUGACUGUCCCUUACUCAAUGAAUGCUAAUGGUGAGAUUGCGUUCAGUGGAAUGCAACUCAGCCAACAAGGCUUCAGUGGUGCUCAAGUGCGCCAAGGAUUUGAUGCAACCCAAGCUCAAACCCCGCAGGUCAUGAAGACUGGCUAUUUUGAUACGUCAAAUGUCUUCCACGAUGCUAUCAAGGGAAAGGAUGAGAAUGGCAAUGAUGUCUAUCUUAUUCCAUGUCCUACUGGAACGACUAAUGUUGAACUUCAAUCCGACUGGCACUAUGCUAGUGAAAAUGAAGACUUGCCAGAUCUUGCUACUGAAGCAGAUCAAGGUAUGCAGUUCAUUCAAAUCUGCAGAAACGAAAGGGAUCCAUUUGGUUUGCUUGAUCACGUCAUCAUGGACAGUGGUUGUACAAACACCACCAUUUGUAAUGGUGAGCUCAUGCAUGGACUACGUCAAGCUGAGAAAGAGCUCAAUAUGCACACUAACGUGGGCAGCAGAGUCCUUGAUGAAGAAGGAUUUCUAGGAAGAUUUCCGCCCCCCAGUCUAUUAUGA